GAAAAUCAAAAUGGACAAAAACUUAGGCGAAUAGAAGCAAAUCAAAUGUUUUAUAGUGAAAAAAAAGUAGUGGUUGUUUUUAAUUGAAAUUCUGGAAGAUUAAUACACCUAAAAUUGAUUAAUUUGAAUUGGACGGCCAUCCAAAGAGACUGGUACAAACUCUGGGAAGCUGUGGAAUGUAAAGUUUGAUUAGCAAAGGUUAAGAAAGGUGACGUACGUGCUUGCGUAGGAGAUUUCAAUAUUCUGCAUUUCUGCAUAUCCUAAUUGCUCACGUAUGCCCCUUUAUUUGAGCUUCAUUCUAUAGAGAGAGAGAGGGAAAUCAGAAAUGGAAAAGGUUGUGUGUGUUACAGGAGCAUCCGGCUACAUAGCGUCCUGGUUGGUUAAGCUUCUCCUCCAGCGUGGUUACACUGUUAAGGCCACCGUCAGGAACCUCCGUGACUCGAGCAAGGUUGCACAUCUAACAGCACUAGAAGGAGCUAACGAGAGGCUGCGUUUAUAUGAAGCGAACCUACUCGAGGAAGGAUCAUUCGAUUCCGUAGUUGAUGGCUGCCAAGGAGUAUUUCACACUGCAUCACCUGUUUUCGUAUCAGUUUCCGAUCCACAGACGGAGCUGAUAGAUCCUGCAGUGAAGGGAACCAUAAAUGUGCUCAAGUCCUGCACAAAAGCAACAACCAUCAAAAGAGUAGUCAUCACAUCUUCAAUUGCAGCUGUUAUGUAUAACUACGAUUCUUUAAAACAAGAUUUUAUAGUAGAUGAAACAUGGUUUUCGGAUCCAAUCUUCUGCGAGGAGAAAAAGGAAUGGUAUGCUCUGUCGAAAACUCUAGCAGAGAAGGAGACAUGGAAAUUCGCGGAAGAGAAUGGCCUCGACUUGGUUACGUUACACCCAGGCUUCACCAUUGGUCCUCCACUGCAGCCAUCUCUCAACUUGAGCUGUGCUGCUCUUCUCAAUCUCAUCAAAGAAGGAAAACAGUUAAUGGCUAAUGGUGUGUACCGAUAUGUUGAUGUUCGAGAUGUUGCUCUUGCACAUAUUCUAGCGCUGGAGAACCCUUGUGCAAGCGGUAGAUAUUGUCUGGUUGGGAGAGUGACUUAUUCGUUUGAAGCACUCGACAUUUUGAAACUGAUAUUCCCUUCUCUCAGCCUCCCUCCAACAGAAACGGUGAAUCGGGCGGCUAAGCUCCCGUUCCAAGUUUCUAGAAAGAGAGCUGAAAGUUUGGGCAUCAGUUUUAGGCCCCUCGAGGAGAGUCUCAAGGACUCUGUUGAAUGCUUCCAGCACAGAAAUUUGAUCACUUUAUGAAAAAAAUCCAUGUUGGGAUGCACAUGUUCUUGAAUCUAAUGUUAUGUAUUUGCAAGAAUGUUAAAUCAAUAUAUAUAGCAGUUUCAGCUA